UGGUAUUUACGUCCGAAUAAAUUUUAUGGAAUCACUGUUGCUACGUAACUAGUGACGUCAUCAAAUAGAAUAUAUGACGUCACAACUAUCUGCUUCGACCAUAGCAAGCCUGGAAACACCGGCCGUGAAACCCAGAGCCUCAAAACAAGUUCAAAAAGCGAACAAAACCCAAAAACCCAAUGGUGAGCCAGAAAGUAUUCCUAUGCUUCGCAUACGCACGGAUGGUGUAAGUUACGGAAGCGGAAGUUCAGGGUCAAGUGAUCAAAGAUUAAAGGUCAACGGGAAGUUUCCUUCAAUGGAUAGCGGAGUUUCGAACCGAUAUCGAAGCACUGAAUCAGAAGGAUCUAGUCCAGCUUCUUUUCUUCGUUGUCUCCGUGCUUUGGAUGACGUACUUGAAGCUGAAUAUCCAACCACGAAAACUCCUUGUUCUCAAGCUGGUGAUGACAUCAUCACUACUUAUAAUGACGUAAACAAUACGAAAGAGAGAUAUAAAACAACUGCAUCUGAUCGGGAUGCCGACAUGGAGGUCAGCGAAAUUCUUUCUUCCGAAUCGAAUCGUAAUUCUGCUAAUUGGCAAUAUGGCGACAACAAUAAUGACGUAAUGAUAGAUGACGUCAGUUUUCAACCAAAACAGUUCCGUAACAGCCUAUCAUCAAAUAGUGUGUCAUCCCCUAAAAAUUUAUUGCUACGUCAUCGUCGCGAAGUUGGUGACGUAGUACGUUUAAAGGAACGUCACCCAAGACGUCAGAAUGGAAACAAUGUAAAUUCGUUAUAUCCCAUUGAUGACACACAAUGCGUGGGCAACGGACCAAUCACAGCUCGAGAUUAUAUUCAUCGACGACGAUCAAAAUCGCCAUCAGGGAUAAGUUCAGGGCCCGGAAGCAGUCGACCUAAUUCAGCAUUGACUUUAUCGGAUAUUGAAAUUGAACGUGCUAAUGACGUUUCGACCGGUGACGUCAUAAAGAAUACGUCAUCUAAGAAGUAUCACACUGUGAAUGAUAAGCUGACCAAGUCUGCGUCAUCAAUUGAAGCUAAUGCAGGUGUUUCAUCUAACGAUACCCACCAUUCCUCGGUUCGUUACGAACCAGUUACCGAUCGAUCCUGCACCCCCCCUUCCCCAGGACGUCACGGUAGUCGCCAUCGGUUGCUAGGCAGCAACAAGCACCGAUCACCACGCAUGACUGACGAUGACAUUACAGACGAGGAUCGUCGCCGCGAUUCCAGAGAUGAUGACGUAGGCGAUGACGAUGACGACAUCGCAAGUAUGGAUGACGUUAUCCGUGCGGAAGAACUCCGACCUUUGAACUCAAGACGUCGUAUGUCGUCACCAGUUGUUAUAGAACCCCACGUCAGGGAUCAAUACAGACGAGAAUCGUCAUCGAUUCUCGCUAGAACGAAUUCAGGAACAGUCUACGUCACAAAAGCAGGUCCUACAACUUUACCUAUUGAACCACGUCAUCAAAUGGGACUUCCGCGAAUGGGAACUGGGCUUCCGCCUUCCGGUUCCACGUCACAAAACACAGUUCCGCACGGAGGAACACCGAAUUUAUACAAGCCUCAAAAACCGAAUUCACUCGUGACGUCACGAUUACCUACAUCACAAACAGAGCAAUUUGACCCCGUCGUCAUGACAACGUUGAAACCAACGCACGAAGCUGACCAAUCAGGAUGGAAUUACGUUGGAAGUCCAGAAGUCCGAAGUCCUUAUCCAUUCUCAUCGGGGGUUUCUCCUCCCCACAGACACUCAGUUACGACACCUAGUGGAGAGGACACAGCGGCAAGGUUCAUGAGCAAGAGACCUUCGAUCGCCAACGCUUACAAUCCUACAAGACAUAUCGGCAACUCGCAGUUCGAUAGCACCGGUUUCAAAUGUUUCAAGAAUAAAUUUUCAUCUCGAUGUUCAUGGAAAUGCGCCGCCAUCACUUUCAUACUUUUCACAAUUCUACUCGUCGCCCUUGUUGCGUACUUUUUAGUUCAAUCACUUGCCGCUUCCCCACUCAUCGAAUCUGACGUCAGCUGUUUGGUUACAAAAGGACCGACGGGGAACGCCGGAGUUACUGUUGUGAAUGGGAACACUGCGGGAGGUCCAGAAAUUCCGUUUGAAAUUCAACUCGGGAGGAAAGCUCGAUUCUCUGUGCCCGCAGGAAUGUUCUGGCGCUCUCUAGUGUUCAUGGGAAGCGACGAUCAUCUAAAGUUUAAUUUCACAAUCAGCAGGAGAGCCGUCCUCGGGGUUUACGGAAGAAAAGGGAUCAGGCCGACACAUACUAAGUUUGAUUUCUUUGAAAAAAUCGACGGGUCUUCGAUUCCAGUUCCAGCAGAAGAUUCUUCAUCAAGCAGACGCAAGAAGAGAGAGAUACAAGAUUCCGUUACGAUGAGUUUUGUGAAAUUUCUUGGAUCGGGGAGUUGGCAUCUCGGUGUUUAUAAUGACGGAGAGGAGAAUGAAGAAGGAGAGAUCGCUACUAAACUAGCAGGCGGCCUCUCAAGCUGUUUGAACAACUGCAAUGGUAAUGGAGACUGUGUUGACGGGGUUUGCAACUGUUUCCCAAGAUUUCAUGGAAGAGACUGCGCUGAAGAAUCCUGUCCAAUCGUGUGCAGUGGGCGGGGUUUAUAUGCUCAUGGAGAAUGUGUCUGCUUUUCUGGUUGGAAGGGAAAAGAUUGUGCAACACCUACUGACCAAUGUGAGGUGGCAGACUGUAGUGGGCGUGGCACUUGUGGAACAGAUGGUGAAUGUGCUUGUGAUCCUGGGUGGGCUGGAAUUGGAUGCGAGAUAGUUACUUGCAUUCCUCCAAAUUGUUCUGAUCACGGUGUUUGUGUCGACGGUGUUUGCCACUGCGAUCGAGGUUGGAAAGGAAAAUCAUGCGACGUCGAGGAUUCAGGAUGUUUUGAGAAAUGUAGCGGACACGGAACGUACAGUAACGGACAAUGUCUGUGCAAUCCCGGAUGGAGUGGAAGGACUUGCUCACAAGCAAGUACCAUAUCUCCUAUAGCACCCUGCUUACCCACCUGCCAUCCUGAGCAUGGAAGCUGCAUCUCUGGUUCCUGCCAAUGUAACGAGGGGUGGACGGGACCAGCUUGUGAUGAGAGAAUGUGUCACUCACGAUGUUAUGAACACGGAACCUGCUCCAAUGGCAAAUGUGUCUGCAACAUUGGAUGGAAUGGAGAUAUGUGCACUUUUGAGGGUUGCCCAAACAACUGUGGAAGCCAUGGACACUGUUCUAAGAAUGCUGAUGGUGAAUGGUUUUGUUCCUGCCAACAUGGGUGGAAGGGACAGGAAUGUGAUAUUCAGGUUGAGAUGGAAUGCACUGAUGGGAGAGAUAAUGACAGAGAUACAUUGAUUGACUGCCAUGACCCAGACUGUUGUGAGAAUCCUUCAUGCAAGUCAAGUCAGCAGUGCAGAGGAGCUUCUGACCCAGCGCAAGUUAUCCAACGCGAAGUCAGUCGAACAAAACAUCUUCCUCCGCCAUCUUUUCAUGACAGCAUCAAAUUUCUAAUCAAAUCCUCAUCAAAUGUCCAGUUUAUAAGAUCAUCUUCUGCUUUUAAUCCAGAGAAAACAUCAGUACUACGAGGAAAGGUUGUUACUUUGGAUGGCUCACCUCUCGUCGGGGUCAAAGUUCAGAUUAAAGAUCGACCAGGAUAUGGAUACACGAAGAGUCGAAGAGAUGGAAUGUAUGACAUCAUUGUUAACGGAGGAGGAUCAGUGACCUUGAAUUUUGAAAGGUCGUUGUUAUUGACAACAUCUUCUACCAUCUUUGUUCCAUUGGGUGAUUUUGUCAUCGUUCCCACGGUAACCAUGCGCACAGCAAGUCAACCGGAACAACUUAAGUCUGAUGUCACAAUUGAUGGUGCACAAGGCAAUUGUGAUGUCAGUGUCUUCCCUCGUCCAAGAGCGAUAAUUUUGCCGAUGGACGUUCAGGCAUUCACUGCUGAUAACUGUGAUGACAGGGGAUCGGUCAUUCCAGAGACUCAAGCUGUGCGAGAAACCAUCGCCCUACCAUUCUCUGGAGUUGAUCUCGUUUACCUCAGCAGUCGGACUUCGGGUUAUAAGUCAAAAAUUGAUGUCCAACUCACACCACUAGAUGUUGCUACCAAUCUACGAAGAGUUCAUCUCCGAAUCUCAAUACAAGGCAUUUUGCUCGAAAAAAUGUUCGAACCGAUCCCUGAAUUAAAAUAUUCCUUCAUCUGGUCGAGACAGGAUGCAUAUGGACAGAAAGUUUAUGGAACCGUCACAGCUAAAAUUGAAGUCGGAUAUGAAUACGAAAUGUGUCCUUCGGUCGUCUGGGAUUAUCAUUUGACCGCUAUCAAAGGUCAUGAUCCUGUGAUGACCCAGGAAGUAGGAGGUUGGUCAUUGAACAUUCACCAUACAUACCAUAAUGGUGUGGUUCAUCUUGGUAACGGUGGAACCAUGCAACUGGAUAGGCAGCCGCCCAUGAUGUCGACUGUGAUGGGGACUGGGCUGCAGAGACAUUCCUCAUGUGAUGGUUGCAAUGGUCCUGCAUCCUCAGCAAAACUCCUAGCUCCUGUAUCCUUAGCUUGUGAUGCAUUCGGAAGCGUUUAUGUUGGAGAUUAUAAUUACAUACGGAAGAUUGACAGAAGAGGACACGUCAGCAGUUUGUUGUUCCUAAGGAAUCCACCACACAAGUAUUACAUGGCAGUUAGUCCAUCACUAGAUGGCACUCUAUAUUAUUCAGAUCCAAACGGGAAACGAGUUUACAAGAUCCGCAACAUGAAUCCGCAACCACGAGGAAGUCGUAGGAUUCUUUCAGCAGCUGAUUUAUCUACUAACAUGGAAGUCCUGGCUGGAACAGGAGCGACUUGUCUCCCGUUAGUGCAAGGUAACUGUGGUGAUGGAGGCCCGGCAUACUCAGCCAAGCUCUCAGCACCUCGAGGCCUUGCUGUGGACAAAACAGGGAGAGUUUACUUUAUAGAUGGAACAAUGAUACGAGUUGUUGAGACGAGCGGAACAAUUCAAACCUUCGCUGGAUCGAACAACAUGGCAGCAUCAAGGCCUCUGCCAUGUGAAGGAACAAUUAGUUUAUCUCAGCUUCAAUUUGACUUUCCCACUGAUCUAUCUAUCAAUCCAUACGAUGAUUCAAUUCACGUCCUGGACUCGAACAUCGUCAUAAAGAUCGACGUCAUCAACAAACAAGCGUCGCUACUUGCAGGAGUUCCAGUUCAUUGUACAAGAAAAGCAUCAAAGAAUUGGGAUGAAAGGGAUUCUCGACGUGUUUCUCUCGUAUCUCCUGUUGCAAUAGUUGCUUCUCCACAUGAUGGCAGUAUUUAUAUCGCAGAAGCCGACAAUCAAUUUGUGAACAGAGUUCGAAGAGUCGAUACAUACAGGCUCAGGAUAUCAACCAUUGCUGGAGCGGAAACAAGCUGUGAUUGCCAGAUGUCGGAUUGCAAUUGCUUCAAAGGUGAUGGAGAUUUUGCGAGAAGUGCCCGACUCAAUACACCUGCCGCACUCGCUGCUGCUCCUAAUGGAUCAAUAUACAUCGCAGAUCAAUUGAAUCUGAGAAUCAGAAAGCUUUCAUCAGCAUUGCCAAAACUCAACAAUCAGGGCAAGUACAGAAUUGCCAACCCAGAUACAAAUCAUGUUUACGUUUUUUCCCGAGACGGACUUCAUCUCACAACACAGAACGUGAUCACUGGAACCUCAGUCUAUAACUUCACUUACUCUCCGGAAGGAUCUGUGGACUCAAUCAUGGACAUUCAUGGGAAUAGAUUGUCUAUUAUAAGAGAUGGGAAUAAUGUUCCCAACAAAAUUCUUCUUCCAAAUACAAAAGUUCUUCAACUACAGUUCACUGCUUCCAAUGCAUUGCAAAGAAUUACUGAAGGUUAUUCCCCUCCACUUGCAACCAUGUCAUACCAAGGUGGGGGAGCAACAUUAUUACAAUCCAUCACUCAAGGCCGCUCACAAUCAUCAUUCUACGUCUAUAACGUCCAUGGUCGUCUUAUCUCAGCAGUGUCACCUAGUGGCGGUGUGACCACAUUACAUGUAAACGCUAAUGCUACAACGCAUACUGUAACCAUGACAACCGCUGCAACCUCAGUAGGAAACGCUGAAGAAAAUCAGCGAGGAGUUGGAUCAAGAGGAGUCAUUAUUACAACACAACCAGGUUUUAUUUGUGACAUUGUGACGACACAAGAGGGUGAAAUGACAGCAAUGUAUCAACGCUGGACUGACAAUUCAAUUUCUGUACAUUUUCUUGACGGAUCCGAUUUGUCAUUGGAAACCAAACCCCACCCGGUGUUGGGACUGACGGCCCCAUUUCUAGCGAAACGCACGAUACAUUUGCCACAGGAUCCACUGGAGAACAAUAUUGAAUGGAGAACAAGAAAGCAACUGGAAAGUGCAUCUACAAAGGAUGAACGAUAUCUUCUCGGGCGUCGAAUGAGAGUUAACGGACGAAACAUCCUCUCUCUCGAUUAUUCUCAGAAUUUCAGACGAGAGAAUAUCUAUGAUGAUCACACUAAGUUUGUCUUGAAAAUACAGUACAAUGAUCGAGGAAUGCCAACUCUCUGGAUGCCAAACAAUGGAAUAACGCCUGUAAAUGUGACCUAUGAUAGGCUUGGGCACCCUGUGACCUGGCAACGGGGUCCCAACCAUGAGUUACUGGCUUAUGAUGAGAAAGGAAGAAUCACCAACAGAAGAACGGUGGAUGGCGCAACAUGGACUUACCUGAAUCAAGAGAAUGUUGUCCAACUAUCUGUCCCUAAAAGUACUUCUCACUACACCUACGUUUACGAUGAUUUCGAGAAUGUGCGUCGAGUGAAUCUACCAUCAGGAGCUGUGUUCUUAGUUACCAGAUUCAUGGGUACGGGGUUCAAGAGGACGGUGGUUCAAAUCUCGGCUGGAAGUUUGAAAAUGUUUGUGGAUGUUGACGAUAGGAAUAACUUGUUGAUGCAACAAUACCAAGGGGAGAAUCGCAAGGUAGUUUAUCGCUAUGACACCCAUGGUCACAUGACGGAGAUCCUACAUGACAAACAGAAAACAAGAAUGCUGCGCGAUCCUCGAUCUGGAGAGCUUGUAUCCAUGACAACUGAUGAUGUCACUACACGUUUCCAUAGAAACGGACCACUAGUGCAAACACUAAUUGUGACAUCAUCUACAGCAACUCAACAAAAGAAGGAAAUCUCCGCAAAAUUUGAAUAUUCUCACGAUGUUAAUCUGAGGCUGAAAAGUAUUCAGACUACCAUCAACGACACUAAUCUACCUCUUGAAGAAGUUCGUUACGACGACGUUUCCGGCAAAAUCACGGUGUUCGGCUUGUAUUCUGUACUUUACUACCAAACCAAUCUGUAUGUAAUAUCAACAGCUGAGGUGACUUACACCAAGGAACACGACCACAGUGGAAGACCAGUGCAAGUUAAACUGGAUAUCUACAGCAGCCCAAUGUUCCUUCUCAAUGUUGACUAUGAUGCGAUGGGCCGGGUUAAAACACAGAACAUAAGAAUCAGCAUGCAAUCCAACAAUACGGAAUUGAAUUAUCAGUAUCGUCCUGAUGGUCUGUUGUCAUUGGUUACUCGGACGUCUGGCGAUUCUCACAGCGGAUGGAAAUAUAGUUAUGAUAAAGACGGCAAGAUUUCUUCGAUACAAAGUGGAAGUUCUAUCAUAAGGAUCAGCUACAGUAAUCUUGGAACAGUUACUUCACGGGGAACACUGCAAUAUUUUUUCGACAAAGAUGGAUUUUUUAAGUCGAGGGGGAAUGAAAUAUUCGAAUAUGACUCGUUAGGACACCUGGUGGCUGCGUAUAUGAAAGAUGGUUCUUAUAAGGUCAAAUAUGGUUACGAUGGAUUCGGUCGACUGUCAUCGCGUUUUGAUGAAAAAUCUCGUCAGAUGUUGCGGUUUUAUUACGCAGAUAUUUCAAACCCUACAAGACUGACAAAUUACUUCAAUUCGACAUCUGGAUUCAUCACCACGUUGCGUUACGAUAUGGAAGGCGUAUUGUUUGCCCUCGAUAUGAGUAACGGACUAUCAUGGUCUGUGAUGUGUGAUCAUAACGGAAGUCCACUCGCUGUUAUUGGAUCUACCGGAAUUAUAGCUGAAAUGAGCUAUUCACCAUAUGGCGAACUCACGAGAUACACAAACCCAAGGUUGCAAAUCGUCAUUGGUUACCGAGGAGGAAUUUACGAUCCUGAUACCGGAUUGGUUCAUUUUGCUGAUCGUUCUAUGAUACAACAAAGCGAUAAAUUCAAACAAAACCAGAAAAAUCUAGAUGAAACUAGAUUUUUGAACGGUGUUGAUUACGAUCCUCUGAUUGGUCAAACAACAACUCCUGAUUACUCUGUCUUGCUCAGCAAACGAGAGAAUAUUCCAAGGCUGAUGAAAUUGUACCAGGUCUACGAUCCAGUGAACCCAGUCCCACCGUAUGAUCAGAUGACAAAAGUCAGCAGUUGGUUGGACGCUCUCGGAUUCAAACUUCAAAACGUCGCUCCUGAUCCAAAGAUUGAUGAUAGACAGAAGGACAAAUCAUCUGUUGAAUGUCAGUUAUCUCAUCAUCUACAAACCUACAUCAACCUACAAACAGUCUCACCGUCAAGUCUGAUACCUGAGACAAGGAAAAAGACCAAACAAAUAGCAAAUGGAGCUUUAUUUGCCCAAGGUCUCGUUCUUUCGAUAGAUCGUGGUAUGGUGACAACGCAUGUUGCUGGCAUGGCAACCAAUGAUGUCAAACGACUCAGCAGUAUUUUAAAUGGUGGUGAUGUCAUAAUCGGAAAAUACGCUGAUUCAUCAUCAGCGCCAAUGAGUUUUACGAAAGAAGGAAAACCCGUACUUUACAUCUCGAAGUCAUUAGAUAGUCUCAAAGCAGACAAAGUCACCUUGACAUUGACAGAUUCUAAAAGAAUAUUAGAUGGAGGCUACUCUGGUGCCAUGGCAACAUCACAAACAACACAAAUAACAGUGACAGUCAGUGAUGACAUACUGACAAUUGAGUCUCCAUAUUGUGUUGUCAUAAUCAGUUAUGUUACAAUGGACAAUAGAAAUGGAAAAACUAGAUUGUCAGAAGAAAAACGAAUUGUUGAAUCCGCUCGUUCAACAGCGGAGCAGGAAGCGUGGGCGGUCGAGCGUCAGAAAGUUACCGCAGGUGAAAGGUCACGUUGGAAUGCUCGGGAAAAGCAGCAGCUUCGACGAAGCGGUAAAGUCAGUGGUUAUAAGGUUGAAUUUUUCUGGGAUGUUGAUAAAUAUCCUGAGUUUGCAAGUUCAGGAAGAAAUAUUAAUUUCGUAAGGACGUGAACAUUAGAUGGCCAGUCACAAGAUGGCAUCAUCUCUCAGGAUUAAGACCAUCCGCGUUCUCGGAAUAUCCCAGAAAAAAACGCAGUUGGAUGUUUUUCUUCACUGUACGCUUGGAUAAACAACGAACAUACAAGUUCACUGUGUUAUGACAUCACCAUGAUGAUGUCAUAAUAUCAAAUCAACGUACCAUGACUCAUCUCAUGAUUUCUCUGACUUUAUAUUGACACUGUGACUCACGCAAUUGCUAAUUUCAAAUUUGCAUAAAAUGAUAGAAAAUGCUAUUUUUAGCAAAAUAGUAAUUUGCAUUAAUUUUUAUUUAAUUUUCUCUGCAGUUUUUAUCCCGCCCUAGUUGAAAAAAGUUUUUUUUUGUUAAAAAUUGCCAUAUUUUAAUUUCGUAGAGUGAUUUCAGUUCCAUUUUGUGCCAUUUCUUUGUUUAUUUUUGAAAUUCAGUGUAAAUGCGGAUUUGCCAAAUAGCUAAAACUCGUUUUGGGGGAAAAAUACAAAAAAAUGUGUCAUUUUUCAGUGUUUAUAUUUGAAAAUUUAUCGACCAACCAAUUCCUUUUAUUUUCUCGUUUUAUUUUUAUUUUUUAUUACUUUGAAGCAACAAUAUCAAUUUAAAAUAUUUAAAAAAAAUCAAUUGGGGCACUAAUUUAAAAUGUGUAGAAUUUUUUAACCAUAAUUUUCAUAACUUUGUUGACUGCACCGUGAAUAGACAGCAGCCAUAUUGAAUCAUUGUUACCUCCUGACCAUCUAAUAACCCUGUUUUAUCACUGUUAUUGCUGUCGUUAUGAGACAGAUCUUUGACUCCCUAUUUCCAUAUGGCCCAGACUUAUAACUAUUUUAUAGGCUAGGGUUCGUCCAGUAAUCCAUCUUCCAUCCAUCCAACAAUCGAAAAUUGCUUUUUUAUUGUAGUUGAUUAUAGAUUUAGAGAGUAUAAUCCAAAAAAUUAUUUAUUUAUUCAUUUUAAAAAAAUUGGAAGAAAUACUAUGUCUUAGCCUUACUAUCCUAUAAUAAAUUUGCAUUUCACUUAGGUUCUUCAAGACUCCGCUAGGAAUAUCUAACACCCCGUUUUUUCGCUUAAAUAGAUGGGUUCAUUAUACCCCGAUACCCAUAUCUUCGAUCAAAUGUGCGUCUGGUAACCAGAUGAGAAUCCGUAGUUCAUUGAGUCGUCUUAUCGGCUGUUUUAUUUCGCAAGGAAAAAUGGGAAAAUCCUGUUCAUACUAUUCAUGUUACCAAUUCCACGGCACUUUAAUAAUUAUUAUUAUGUAACAAAUCUUUUUAUAUGAUGCCAUAAUAUUAAUAUGACAUAACAAUAUAGUUGUUUGUUAUGUCACAAAUCAGCACUAUAUAAUUAUAUGGCAAAUGUUUUUUCUAUUGUUUAUCUAUUCCAAUUGUGGCGUCACAACGCUAUAAACGUACCCCAUUUUUGUUAACAUUAUGAUAAACAAACGAGUUUACCUUCUUGAUUUUAUGAUGUCAUAAUAGAGAGUAGGACAAGCCAGGUGCUUGUUAUUAAUUCUUUGUUUGUUUAUUAUGCACGACUUUUUUCUUUUUUUUGCCUUAUUCUAUUUGCUUAUUAUUAAAAGCAGUUUCAAUUA